ACAACCAAAUUGAACUAGCCAUAAUGAGCGAAUACACCGACAUUCAUAGAGUAUUGCUCACUUAUAUACGAUCAUGUAAAUAUAUUUAUCACCACGAAUUGCUAGAAACGUUUCAAACCAUAUAUACCAACCUUAGUGGUGAGUCACCCCAUGAAGAGCCACUCCAACAACUUAAUAAAUAUCUUGCAGAUAUAAACUCCCGAAUUUCUCCUCAUGGGUUUAAAAUCGAAAGAAAGAAUAACGAAUUAACAGGUGAGUUAUGUUACAUCUUUAUAAACACAGUUGGCGACGAUAUAAUUAAGCAAAACACAUUGUACUCACCACCCGAGUUAGACACUAUAAAACAAAUUAUUGACGAUAUAGUUGAAGCUCCUGAGUAUAAGUUCUCCUUGGGUAAGGUCAACGUUCAACAGAAAAUUGCAAAUCUGUUGAAUAAAACUUUAAAGGAGGCGUCAAACUUAGUGGAUAGACUAAUUGACGAUGGAUGGUUUGAAGUUACCCUUGAUGAUAGAAUGACACUUUCUAUAAAGACAAUUGCUGAAUUAAAAGAUUAUUUAAUUGAUAGACAUGGAUCUUCCACAAAUGAAGGUAAGAUCUUAAUUUGUCAACAAUGUAAAGAGAUAGUAACAUUGGGAUGUAAGCAUGAAGAUUAUUUUUUCCAUUUUAAAUGUUAUGAUGUCUAUUGCAGAAAUAAUAAUAUUGAACCUGAUCAAGAUUUUCAAAGAAUUGGACCAGAGAACGUUUAAACUAUUCAAAACUAUCUAAAUAUUCAGCUUCAACCUCAUCAAUAAUGUCCCAUAACCAUUCCUCAACAACUGUUUCGUCAUACCUUGAACAAAGUGGUUUAACACUAGUGACUGGUGGAUACUUGAAAUCUGGUCCUGGAUUCAAUUUAACAACACCAUGUUGAAAUGUUGAUAACAUUGGAUAAUAUCCUAACGUGCCAUCAUCACUGUUUCUAUAAUUUGGAUUUUGCUGUUGAUUCAAAUUUGCAGAAAGACUUAAAUCAUCAGUGUGCUCGAGAUUUGUAGGUAAAAAUGAAUAAAGGUCUUUAAUUUCCUGUUGUUCAAUUCCAUUUUUGAAUAAUCUUAUUCUUGAAUUGGGUAUGAUUGGUAUAGAUUUUGUCUUAUCGUCAUUUUCCAAGACUGCUUUUUCUCCAAAAACAGUUAUAGGGUUAAGUAAAUGAUCCAUAGUUUUGGUAGUGGUGUAUUCAAAUUGUUCAUAAUAUAAAGAAUUUUUAUAUCUAAUUGGAAUUUGAUCACGAAUAAUAUUGUCAUGGAUAUUAAACUUGACAUUUUCUUGUAAGUCCACAGGUUUCUUUGUUGUCUUUCUCUUCUUUUUACCAGUUUCUUUAUUAGGGUUGACUUUUGCUUCUAUUAAUUUCUCUUCAACAAACUUAGCAACAGCUUGCUUAUGUUUUGACAAGGACGGAAGUUCGACUAAAAACCCAAUAACAUCACCAGAUUUAAAUCCCUGGUCAAUGCAAACAGUUUUUCUUCGACUUGUAGUUAUAUACUCACCGCUUAUAUCACGAAUUCCGUAACUAUAAGCAUCAAACCCUACUGGAGCUUCUAAACUUGCUUCACGUCUGGCUAAUCCUAUUCUGACAUGACUAUUAUCUUCACAAGAAUUCACGAUUUCAAAUUCAAAGUAAUAGCUUCCUUCACGUAUUCCUACAUUUGCUCUGGCUGAUCUCCAGCCUUGCAAGGUGGACACUGUAGUUAGAUCAUUAUCGAAGAUAAUUCCGGGAGAUCUGUCAAACAAAUCAACACAAACGUGAUAUGGUGGAAUGUCUGUUGUUGAAUACAAAUUUGACUGAAAUUCGGGAUUAGGUCUACAUGGCUUGUAUUUGAAGCCUCUUUUAUUAAUUGGUAGAUCUUCGCAUUGGUAAAAUUUCAUGUCACGAACUGUUGUAGCUUCAGUAAACGAAGGCUGAACCGAAUUAACUAGCAAAUCCAGAUGCUUGAAUGGAAUUGGUUUUAAGCGAGGGUAUACCACAACAUUAUGCUCCUUUUGUUUUAAUUUUGAUUUAAGCUCAUGCUCAUCUUGUUGUGCCCGAUGUUUAGACCUGGUGGAGUAUGAAUGAGCAUUGGCUGAUGUUGACAGGUCAAUUGGUUGCAGCAGGUCAAUUUCUGCAGUUAGUUCCUGCACUUGUGGUUCUAUGGAUGGUUCCUCGGAAACUUCUUUUGUUAACUCGCUCAUUUGCAAUCACACACUGUUUAUUCAAAUU